UGUGUGCAUGGACUUUCUUAUUUUGUAACAGGCUGAAAUGGCCCUACUGAUGAUGGAUGAUGAGGAUGACACCAGAAAACAUUUUAAUUACAAAAAGAUUGUAGAACAACAGAAUUUGAGCAAGAAGAAGAAGAAACUUCUUAUGAAAAAGAAAGAAUUACUUGAAGAUGACUUCCAGGUAAAUGUUGCUGAUACAAGAUUCCAAGCCAUGUUUACUUCUCCCCUGUUUAAUUUGGAUCCUUCAGAUCCAAAUUUCAAGAAGACAAAAGCAGUAGAAAAGAUCCUGGAAGAGAAAGCUCGCCGAAGAGAAGAAAAGGAGCAAGAUCUUAAGGAGGCAAACAAGGGCCUGGAGAACAAGAUGGCAAAGAAAGGAGAGGUUGCCAAGAAAGCCAUGGAUCCUGCCCUAUCAGUGCUAAUAAAGUCUGUCAAAAAUAAAACCAAAGAGUUUCAGGCACGGAAAAAGCAGAAAUUCAACUAACUGAACUUUGUUUUUACUCAGACUUUACUUUAGUCCCAGCCCUUCUAACUGAAGACAUCUGUUAAAGUUACUGCAGCCUGCUCUAAUUCAUGUCCACCUAAAAAGUCCUGAAAAGUCAUUUAACUACGUUGGUGAAUUUUGAAGUAUUCAGAGUCAUCAUCACUCUUUUCUUCUGCCACAACAAAUACUGUUUUGCACAUAUGUAAGGAAAUGGUCGUUUUGGGGUGGUUUGUUUUGUGUCAUGUCUUCUCUUAAAAAAAGUAGAAGUGCUGAAGAUGACUACAAAAUCAUAAUUAUGGGUUUAUUUAUAAAUAAUAAAACCAGUUCUGCAGAGGUUUAUUGCUGAGACUAAGUGGUUUUAAAGUUUUUAAUUCCACGGAAGCCUGUAAAACAUACCUGUCUUGAUAAAGAUGGUAAUAAUAUAACUACAAAUGAAAGAAAUUUUGUAUACAAGUUUUUUGUAGAUUUU